UAGCCAACGUUACGUGCUUCCAUCCUCGUAGUGUUCGGUAAUUACAUCAAAAACUACAAUUUUAAACUUUUUUUUCGUACUUUAGCGAAGCUAGGCUUCGUUUCGACCGACGCGACUGUGGCUCAGACCAAGACGUGUUCUCAGGCAUUUUCGUCAAAAAACUAAAGAUGUCCUCCGUGUUCCGUCGCGCGAUGUCCCGUGUUGAGGCCUUCUUUCGUCAAAGCUGCAAAGAUACUAAUGUCAGGGCAGCAGAAGCACAGAGGAGACUCUUUGUAACAAGGACAGCGCAAGACGCAGCAGGAAUACCCGAUCCCCCCCAAACAGCAGAGACAUGAAUUUAAAUGACUUUGUGGUGCUUCCUAACAACAAGGCCAAAUCUGUCAAGCUCAAUGCAAGGAACCCGCAAGAACUGCAGAUGGCGACGGGGACUCUGGCCCAGGAGAGCAAAGAGAUCGAGGAGCAACUGCAGCAGCUGAAAGAGAGCAUGAGUAAAGAGAAGGAGGAGAGAGCGCUUCCGAGAGGAUUUAGAUGGAAGUCUGGGCAGUGUGCUUCUUUAAACAGCAAUGCUGUAACAAGUGGAGUAAAGAAGGACAAGGAGAACAGAUUCCAAAAGCUGUCAUCAGGCAAGCUGACCAUCCGAGUGCUGAAGGAUGGACUCGUGACAGCGCCUCCUCCACCUCCAACCCUUAGAGACAGAAGGAAAAACCGUCUGAGGGGAACGUACUGCGGACAAUGUGAAAUCAAGACUGCAGGACUGACGUGUGCUGAAUGCGCGGAGGACUACUGCAUCGGCUGCUUCACCAAAUUCCACCAGAAGGGAGCACUGAAGCUCCACAGGAUGAUCCCCAUUCAGACAGACUUACAGACUCAUGUGAGCACAAGAGAUGUUGUCACCUGCUUCCAGAAACAGACUAAUCCGACCUCCUGUCCCACUACCUGUGCCGGUCCUGUCGGGGCAAAACCUAUGCAACUGCACUCUGAUCGCAGCCAGGUGUCGAUUGAGGAUCAUGAAGAGGAGAAAAAGGUGGAAAUGAGUGAAGAAGGGCCGAAAAUGUCUUUCCUUGAAGGAGAGUACAAUGAGGUGGAGUCUGCAAGUUCGUUCCAGGAAGCUCUGCGGCACUGGAGAGGAGAGAAGACUGAUGGAUCAGGAGAAUCCAUGCGCGAGGAUGCAAUGUGGACACCCAUCCGACCAGUAUCUGUGGCAGUUAUGGCGACCCAGGCUGACUUCUCUCCAGGCGGAGGAGCUGCAGGACGAGGAAGAGGAGUGGGGGAAGAGAAGGUUCCUGUCAGGGUGGAGUUCACAGAGAACAGCCUCACCUACAUGGACAGAUUGCUUCUCAAGAAGCUUCUCAGAACACCGGUUGAAAAUGAUCAUCCAUUGUUGGCCUUUGGUGCAGAUUUAAAAUUACUGCCUGAAGCAAACACUGGUGAAGAGACUGCAAGCGGCCUAACAGCUCAGGAGGAGGAUUUUCGCCACUACUGUGCAUUAUUGUUUGAAGUCCCCGUCAACAGGGGCACGACUGGGCCUCAGAUUACCAAACCUGAACCGAGCCUCCUCAUAGAAGUCGUGGAUGAGCGAGACGGAGACGUGAAGGGAGUUUUAGUUGCUGAAGGGACGACGGACAACAACAGAAACGUUCCCUCGGUUCAGCCGGUCUUCAUUGAGGAAGCACCGGUGCCCCAAACAGCUUUAACCACUGGGUCCUCACGAGCCAGCAGCUCCUCUCCAAGUGCAGCACAGUGCAAAGCAACGGCACAACGCAAUGCAGCUCUCCAGCCCCGUUCAUCCAAGCCUCGGACUUUACCAGCAGAACGCUCAAUAAAAGCAUUGUCCUCUAAAAGUAAGCCGUCAGCACGCCCCACUCCUGAGACUCCAAGGGCUUCAAAGACAUCAAUCAAGAUGCCAAACUCAAUGUCACAAAAGCCAAAUGUCCAUAAAUCAAACCCAGAACACGGAUUAGCACAUUUGUCCUCUCCCUUAUUAGUUCAUUCGCAGGGUGAGAUUCCUAAAUUUUCUCUCUGCCCUGACUCAUUUCCACCUGAUGUGUCUCCUUUGGCUAGUACCCGACCUACAAUCCCAGAAGACCAUCUCUCCCCUUCCCCAUCCAUAUCCCUUAGGUCCACAUUCACAGUCUCACCACCAAGCGCUGCUAAGUCAAGCUCAUUGCCCCAAGUGUACCAAUCAACCCCAUUACAAAGCAGCUCACACCCAUCACUUUUACUACAACAACCCCAAUCUCCCCAGUUAUCCCCAGAAUCAAUCUCAUUGAAGCUCCCUCAAUUGCCCCCAAACAAUUCAGGGUCCCCAAGGCAAUCCCGACUCUCCUGCCGAGGCCCCGAGUCUCUCCUGUCGUACAAUCCGCUCCGGCUGCCUCUGUCACCAGUGUCCUCCAGUCCAAACACACUGCCAACAUCAAUGCAACCAAGUCCACCAGUAAAAAACAGAUCCAGUUCAUCUCAAUUAAAGGCACUUUCUAGUCAUAGGUCAAGUGUGACAAGUCAGGAUCCUUUAGUUCCUAGGUCCUGUACCCUCGUCUCCGGUGGUGAGGAAUUCAUUCCGGAAACGCAGAGUAUCCCAUCACUUCCAUCACAGUUGUUGGAUGUCACCGAGAAUUUGCCUUUACGUGUGAAAAUGGAGGAGGAAAGGGAGCUAUCCGUAGACAGUGGAGAUGAAAUUUCCACUGACAGCCUGGAUGGGGCUCCACAUGAGGAAGACUCCUCGGACGAAGAAGCACGAAUGCACGGACGGAGAUCCAGAGAGGAGCGUGCCAUCACUCAUUCAGAAGAUCCCUUUGUUGCUGCAGAAGCACAGAGUGAAAAAGAUUUGCCGACCUGUGAGAAAGAGCAACUGUCAACACCAUCCAUGCGGGCGGUGCACGACCAAAAUGCUGGGCCUGUAUCGGAGCAGUUCUGUGAUCCGGAUGCGUUUCCUCCUCCGGGUUUGGACAUGAAUUGUGGUCAUUCCGACACAGCAGAACACACACGCUGUGAUCCGCUGCUCACAGGCUACAACUCACCACAAGACUCAGACCUAACAGAGUCAGAGGGUUAUGGGCCAAGCAGCGGCCUGAGUGCCUACACCGAGGAACACGAGGCUGAAAAUAACCGCGUGCAGCCAACUACAAUUCAAAUUCACUCAACCAGACCCACCAGUAGAGGAGAAAUGUCAACAUCCGAGUUUCGUCCGUUGUCCCGAGCAGCCCGGGAGAUCAUGGAGGUCUGCGGUGUGGACCCCUCAGGCUGCGAGGACCCUGACCUGGAGUCUGACACGACUGCACACGCACUCCACGUUCUGGAGCACGAACGCCGACUCAUGGCCAAGGACACAUGGAAGCAGGCUUCGCUACUUACGGGAGACUGUGCAGGUCGAGAUCCACAUGGAGAGGAUCCGUUCACAUGGGGCCGAGCCAGCAACGACCAAAACGACGACGAGGAGGACGACGAGGAGGAGGCUGCUGCACAAAGAGACCAGCAGAGUGUUCUCUUACUACCCUGAGAUACUCACACGCAUGCACAUGUACAUGCACACUUGCUUGCUUAUUAAGGAAACAUGCACAAAAAACUAUUUAAGAGACUAAAGUGGGCAACAAAAACUCAUCAUUUGUGUGCUUUUAACUGUUUGUGGGGUGUAAACGCUGGAGCGGAUCCCCCCUUAAAAACUACAUCUGUGGUGAACUCUUGCGUAAAAAUGAAAUGCGUUUAAACACUGUUUUGAUUUGAGUUAUAAAUCUUCUCUCUUUUUUUGUGAGUCCGUGUUUUCAGUUCAUAGUUCACAGUAUGUAACAUGAACAGAAGCUGUGAGGUGCAUGCGUGUAUCCGCAGGCUGAAGGUAUAAAGCAAAAUGCGACUGGCAAAGGACGUGGAUGGGGGGGGGUUGAGAAGAUAAACGCUAAGUCAAGUUUAACUUUCAGCAGAAGCGUGCUUGAAUCCUCUUGUAUGUUUGUCACUGUGUGUGUAUAUGUUUGUGCGUGUUAUCGGUGGCAGACGUUGAGGGACAGUGUGCUGCAGUGAGGGUUUUGCCCACCGGGAUUGAACACAUUGCUUUUCCCUCCGUUGUCAUCUAUUUGUUUCUUAAUAAGGUUAGCGGGCCACUGGAUCAGGUCAUGCUGUCGGGUACACACACACACAAACACACACACACACUCUCUGGAGGCGCUGCUGCAGGUGAUGAAUCACCACGCUUGGGAGGUGGGCUACUACGGCGCCGUGCCAAUGGUCGCCGUUACCAUCUGUCCUCGUGUGUGUGCAGGAGCCGGGGAAGAUAAACACUGGGCCCUGGAACUGUUUGUCGUCUCUGUGGUGUGUACAUGUUGGUGUUUGAUUAUUAUUAUUAUUUUUUUUUUUUGCGUUACUCCCCAAAGCCAGUCCUAAUCCAUCAUGGCUGCCACUGAGCUCCAAACCCGCCGUGCACUGCUUGAUGUGCGACGUGCACGUGAGGCUCGAGCAAGGAAACGCAGCUAGAUCAAAACCGUUAUUACAGCCUAACUACGUGUGACACCUGGGAACUCGGCGAGGAUGGAUGUGAGGGUGGAGGUGCCAGCUUUGUCUGUGAAUACGAGAAGGAGUCCACAAUCUACCUCAGCCACUGUGGAGGGAUAUCGGGGUGUUUCAUUUGUCCCCACGCUAAUCGCUAGAAGCGGACGUCGAAAGCCCCGUAAUCCAACAGCAAUCACGACGAGACUGAUUGAUAGCCCAGCGACAGAGAGAGAAAGGCCAGAGACCAGAAUACAGACCCAGAGAGAGAGAGCGAGAGAGAGGUUAAAAGGUACGUCUCUGUUAUUGUGUCCUUCACUGAGUUUAUCACACACUGUUUGGGAGAGGAAAAAUAACGGAGACAUAAAUCUGAUGGAUAUCGAACCGCUGGGCUCGGUUUAAACUACUCUGAGAUCUUAACUCUCCCGCUGUCCCUCAUUCUUUCUCCCUCACUCCCACAUUCAGCCGCACAUGCGUACCGGCGGGGAGAGAAGGCCGGCGCCAUACGGCUGACCUUUGUGAGAUUCGGAGUUGUGUGCGAUGCUGUUGGUGCUGUUUGAAAAACAGUGACGCUGGAGGAGUUGACAUUUCACUGCGCUAUAUUAACUGACCCUUCUCUGGAACUGGAGUUCAGGCUCGGGGUGAGAAAUAAUUCUGCAUUAUGAAACUUUUUUCUUGGUUUUAACGCUAACAGUUGGAACUGAGAACUAAAUUCAGUUUUCUCCCCCCCCAAACCUAUAUGUGUCUCCAAAACUCGCUGUGAUUCUUUACCACAUUAUUUAUUUAGGUUUCUAUGGGUUUCACUAUUGAAAAUGUUUUGUUUUGCCUUCGGCUACAUGUCCGGUUAAGUUUGCUCGCCUAGAACGCCCUGAAAGAAGAAGAAGUCUCACAAGUCACCUACAGGAAACUGCAAGAGACAGCAGCUGUGUCCAUGUGUGACAAUUUGAGGACACAAAUAAACUGUGAACCUGGA